GAUGACCCUGAGAGCUGCAGCUGGAACCUCAGCUUCAGAAGUGCCAAUGAGCGAUAACUAAUAGCUAACUGGAACACCGAAAUGGAUACUGGUACGGUCAGGAGAGAAAUUUUGCAUCCAAUCGCCUGUGAACCGUGCAGGCAGAAAAAGUGCAAGUGUGACCGCGAAAUACCAGUUUGUUCACAAUGCCUAGGAGAGCCAUCAAAAUGCAACUAUCCGGAGAGUGGUAAAAGAGGUCUACCAUUGGGUUAUAUCACUCAGCUGGAACAACGACUUGCCGUCACAGAACUGGCCUUAUUUGAAGCACUGGCAACACUACACUCACUCGGCCAUGACGAAACAGGCCUGGUCAAGGCAUCAGUCAAGUCCGGGAUUGAGAGUAGACAGGGGAAACAAUCACUCAUGGAAGAAUGGCGGAAGCUACCUCUGCGAGACGGGCUGACAGAGGAUAUUGAAACAUGGUGGCAAGCCAAAUCCGAGAAGUACCUCAUACAACAACCUUCUGCUGAAAGGGAUCAGCCCCAGGAUCAACUCAAGCCACUAUCGACCGGCCACUCCCCGGAAAACGUCACAGAAAACGAUACUAUAACCUCUCCACAAGCGUCCCCUGUGAUGGAGUUUGCGGUUUCAACUGGCGCCGCACCCAGCUACCCAAGAAAUGUCCAUUAUGAUAACGACAUCCCAAGACAACGUCCUAAUUUUUCCCGGGAAAGAGUUUCUAGUACGGAUGCAGAGCAGCACCAUGCUACACCUGAAGUCGGCACAGGAUAUAGAUCGAUAAUGCCACGCGAGACGAGAGGCUCUGAAUUCUUCUCCUCCCAUGAUGUACAAAGAUCGGAUGCAGGAGACGGUAAUAAAGCUGCUAUUCUCGCUCGUACGCAAUCUAGUCUAUAUUUCUAGGGAUUUCAAAGAUUCAUGCAAAACCAACCAAAAGCUUACUUAGGGGAAGAUGAUGCUCCCAUAUCAACAAUGUGUAGGUUUCAUCCAUACCGAUUGGGUCGAAGACAAAACAUCCAAGAAAGACGAAUUGGUCAGUAGCUUUCAAGGUUACUUUGGUUGUUGCUAUGUAGACCAUUGAUUUGAAUUCACGUAUAGAUUUUAC